GCAGGUUGCAUUUCCUAGCUUGGAGGCAUUAAAUAUCGCUAGCUUGGAUAACAUCGAGAUGAUAUGGGACAAUCAAGUUGCCGCAAAUUCUUUCCCUAAGCUAAAAUCGCUUUGUGUGGAUAGAUGCAAUAAGCUGGUCAACAUUGUUUGUUCUUUCAUUCUAAGAAGGCUCUCGAGCUUGGAAAGAUUGGAUGCAAGAAGAUGUGGUUCGCUUGAAGUUGUUUUUGAACUUCAACCACUAAACCAUCUAGGUAAAAAUCCUAUUCCUCUUCCAUUAAAAGAGCUUACGGUAUCAGAACUACCAAAGCUAAAGUGUGUAUGGGAUAAGGAACUCCACUAUCAAGUUGAGUUCCAAGGUCUACGUUCUAUUAGUGUUUCUAGAUGCGAGAGCCUUGCUUGUCUGUUUCCAACCUCAGUAGCCAAAGAUCUCAUGCAGCUUGAGGUGUUGAAGAUCAAUGCAUGUGGCAUUGCAAAAAUCAUUGAAAAGGAAGAUGGACUAGUUCCCAGGUUUGUAUUCCCAAAGUUAACCUCUCUUGAGCUUAAUUUUCUGAGAGAGUUGAAGUGCCUCUACAUUGGAACACAUACUUCCCAUUGGCCGGCAUUGAAGAGCUUGAAGGUGUAUGGUUGUGAGAAAGUGGAGAUACUUGCAUCGCACCUUGAGAAUAAGAUGCGACUUGAUAAACAACCUCUCUUCUUGAUAGAAAAGGUUGCAUUUCCUAGCUUGGAGGCAUUAAAUAUCACUAGCUUGGAUAACAUCGAGAUGAUAUGGGACAAUCAAGUUGCCGCAAAUUCUUUCCCUAAGCUAAAAUCACUUUGUGUGGAUAGAUGCAAUAAGCUGGUCAACAUUGUUUGUUCUUUUAUUCUAAGAAGGCUCUCGAGCUUGGAAAGGUUGGAUGCAAGAAGAUGUGGUUCGCUGGAAGUUGUUUUUGAACUUCAACCACUGAACCAACUAGAUAGAAAUCCUAUUGCUCUUCCAUUAAAAGAGCUUACGGUAUCAGAAUUACCAAAGCUAAAGUGUGUAUGGGAUAAGGAACUCCACUGUCAAGUUGAGUUCCGAGGUCUAUGUUCUAUUAGCGUUUCUAGAUGCGAGAGCCUUGCUUGUCUAUUUCCAACCUCAGUAGCCAAAGAUCUCAUUCUGCUUGAGGAGUUGAAGAUCGAUGAAUGUGGCAUUGCAGAAAUCAUCGAAAAGGAAGAUGGACUAGUUCCCAGGUUUGUAUUCCCAAAGUUAACCUCUCUUGAGCUUAAUUAUCUUAGAGAGUUGAAGUGCCUCUACAUUGGAACACAUACUUCCGAUUGGCCGGCAUUGAAGAGCUUGAAGGUGCAUGGUUGUGAGAAGGUGGAGAUACUUGCAUCGCACCUUGAGAAUGAGAUGCUUCCUGAUAAACAACCUCUCUUCUUGAUAGAAAAGGGCGCAUUCCCUAAUCUCCAAGAGUUAAAGUUGGAUUUAUCGAAACGGAUGGAGAUAUGGCAUGGGCAUUUUCAUGAUGGAGAAUUCUUUUGCAAGCUUAGUUUGCUUAAGCUUCGUCAUCUCUCCCAAGAGUCUUCAAUAUCCACAUGUCGUUUCGUUGAGAGUUUAACCAACUUAGAAGAGCUUGUUGUAUGUGAAUCUUAUCUAGAAGACCCAAGUAGCAAUGAGGAAGCCAUAGAAGGCACGAGUCGUGAGAUGAAAGUAAUAUUACCAUUUUCAAGAUAUAUUCGACAUCUACAAACUCUAGAUGUGUCACAUUGUGAUGGGUUGUUAUAAAAAAUGUUCACACCGACAAUUGCUGAAAAUUUGGUGGCACUCACAAAAUUGAGGAUAAGUAAUUGUAGAAUAUUGAUAGAAGUCAUUAGUGAUGAGAAAGGUGGGGAUGGCCGUGUGGUGGCUUUCAAUCAACUGAAGUAUAUGGAGCUUGAUGGGUUGAUAGGGUUGAGAAGUUUCAGCUCGGGUGGAUACACUUUGAUGUUCCCACUCUUGGAAGAUAUCAUUGUGACUAGAUGUCCCAACAUGAAGUUUUUCUCUCAAGGACCGACGGAGGCAUCAAAGUUAAAGAGAGUUCAAGUAUCAAAGGAAGCGUGGUUUUGGGCAGGAAACCUCAACAUCACCAUCCAGAAUAUGUUUGAAGAAAUGGGCACAUUUGCUGGAGUAGAGAAAAUGCUGCUAUCGAGUUCC